CGUGUGAUCUCACACAUGCUGGCCUCUAUAGGCCCUCAAUUAUCACUCAGGCUGGCGUUUCCAGAUCCUACUGAGUCCUGGACCACUUAGAGCUACAAAGAUGCUGGCGUGGAUACAUCACCUUCAGAGGACUUGCAACCCUUGCAUCUACUUGGCUCCUUGGAACGUGUCACGACUGCCAAUAUGCGACGUCGAGAAAUGAACAAGGCAAACUGCGAUAUUGCGCUGUUCUCCGUUCCUUCACACUAUUCACAGCUUUUCAGCCGCCUACAGAUCGUCACUGGUGUGUGUACAACGACAUUACGCGACCACUCUCACUGCGCCAAAACGACGUCCCAUCAUGUGCGCUGCAGCCCGUCGAUACAUGGAAUCAUGCAUGUUCAUGUGCCUUGGAUAUGGGAUUCUCCACAUCGGCACACCUUCACCGGGACAGCAAAUGCUACCCGGCAAGCAGUGACACAUGCACCUUCAUCAGACAGUCAGGCACGAAGGCGGGUAUAUCACGCUCGUCGACAUGCAGGCUUACCGCCUCACAAUGCUUUUACGAGAUCACGGUGCCCCGAAAUAUCCCAUUGCAUGCGCCUCAUUCCUUCCGAGCGCGGGCGACCACGCAGCUGUGGCUACGUCCUUGCAUCGUAUAUGCGCGCCUCGCGAAACAAGAACACAGUACAUGGGCGCAUGAAGGGGUUGCCCUGCUAACGAUGUUACUCCCGAUAUGAGCUAUCAAAGACUGUUUACCCCAAGGGCUACGAAGGGGAGUAAGGACGCUGUCGGCAAACAGCUG